GUAAACAGGAUGCUCCGUGCAUUAGUAGUGUGGUGGGGACGAUAUUUACAGACGGACAGCGGUCACUUCCGGGUGCACCGUGAAGUUUAACAGUCCGUGAACAAACAGCAUCCACAUGCUGAGAAUAAUGGGAAAAGAAUAUGAAAACAAAGUGAUAUGAAAUGACAAUUAUUAUACGCGAUUAUACAAUAAUUUAAAUUGUAUAUCUAGUCAGCAACAUAAUAUAAAUGCACUUUAUCGGGCUUACAACGACGAAGUGGCUCAGUUAGAAGGUCGUUGAUGGCACAGAUGUGGAGGGCAGGUCGUGUCCUGACUGCUCGGCUGGGGGGCCGAGGAGCAGCCAGGCUGUGUUCAGGGACCCUCCCCAAACCUCCAUCCUCUACCUCAUCUCCACCACUGUCCUCUCGGCCCCAGGCCCAGAAACAGAGGCGGAGACGGGAGCGGGAGGAGGCCAUACUGUCAGGUCAACACAGUCCUGCUGAAGACGGAGUGCUGGGAUGGAGUGAGAAGCAGAGGAUCGAGUACACGGCUCACACAGCUCCGGGGACAAAGAAAGACACCAGCCUGCCGCUCCCCCCCUCCUACAGUCCGGAGUAUGUGGAGUCCAGCUGGUACCAGUGGUGGGAGAAGGAGGGCUUCUUCAGUCCAGAGCAGCAUGAGAGGUUGCCCCACGCUGUGGAUCAGACCUUCUCUCUGUGUAUCCCUCCCCCUAACGUGACGGGCAGUCUGCACCUGGGCCACGCUCUGACUGUGGCUGUGGAGGACGCUCUGGUCCGAUGGCGCAGGAUGCAGGGCCACAGGGUGCUGUGGGUCCCGGGCUGUGACCAUGCAGGCAUCGCCACACAGACAGUGGUGGAGAGGAGGCUGCUGAGGGAGGCAGGCAGGCGCAGGCAGGACUUCACCAGGCAGGAGUUUCUGAGGGAGGUGUGGAAAUGGAAGAACGAGAGGGGAGAGGAGAUCUACCAGCAGCUGAGGAGUCUGGGAGCCUCUCUGGACUGGAGCAGAGCCUGCUUCACCAUGGACCCGGCGUUCAGCAGGGCGGUGAGCGAGGCCUUCGUCAGGCUGGCUGACUCGGGGAGGAUCUACCGCUCCGAGGCUCUGGUCAACUGGAGCUGUGCUCUGGAGUCGGCCAUCUCAGACAUCGAGGUUGACUCCAAAGAUCUGAGUGGCCCCACCCUGCUGUCUGUCCCUGGUUAUGACAACAAGGUGGAGUUUGGAACCAUGCUCACCUUUGCGUACGCCAUAGAAGGCCAUGAUGGAGAAGUGGCCGUGUCCACCACCCGUCCUGAGACCAUGCUGGGGGAUGUGGCUGUAGCUGUUCACCCUGAAGACCCUCGCUACCAGGCCAUUCAUGGGAAGCAGUGCAGACACCCGUUCACCAGCAGACUGCUGCCCAUCAUCACUGACCCUCUGGUGGACAUGGAGCUGGGAACUGGUGCAGUGAAGGUGACUCCCGCUCAUGACCACACUGACUUCCUGUUGUCACAGAGACACUCACUGCCACGCCUCACUGUGAUUGGUGGAGACGGGAACAUGACGACGGCCUGCGGACAGUGGCUGCAGGGAGUGAAGCGCUUCGAUGCCAGGCAGAUGGUGGUGGACGCUCUGGUGGAGAGGAAGCUGUUCAGAGGAAAGAAGAACCACGCCAUGACUUUACCCGUCUGCAGCCGCUCAGGAGACAUCAUUGAACCUCUUCUGAAGAAGCAGUGGUUUAUCAGCUGUGAUGAAAUGGCAAAAAAGGCUAUCCAGGCUGUGGAGGACGGGCAGCUGCAGAUCGUCCCUCACUACUACAGCAAGACCUGGAGGAACUGGCUGUCCAACAUCAGUGAUUGGUGCAUCUCCAGGCAGCUCUGGUGGGGUCAUCAGAUCCCCGCCUACCAAGUGCAGCUCCCUGACUCCACACACACACAGGAGGAGCGGUGGGUUUGGGGACGGAGCGAGCACGAGGCCCGACAAAGAGCCGCUGUCAGAUAUGGAGUGAAGCCAGAGGACAUCACUCUGACUCAGGACCCAGAUGUGCUGGACACGUGGUUCUCCUCGGGGCUGUUCCCCUUCGCCAUGCUGGGCUGGCCUGAGCAGACCCCUGACCUGCAGCAGUUCUACCCCAACUCCCUCCUGGAGACGGGCAGUGACCUCGUCUUCUUCUGGGUGGCCAGGAUGGUGAUGCUGGGCACAGAGCUGACCGGACAGCUGCCCUUUAAACAGGUUCUCUUCCACUCUAUGGUGAGAGAUAAGCAUGGCAGGAAGAUGAGUAAAUCUCUGGGAAAUGUCAUCGACCCUUUAGAUGUGAUACAUGGGGUCUCUCUGGAGAGACUUCAAGAGAAAGUGCAGGAGGGAAACGUGGAGCCCCGGGAGCGUCUGGUUUCCAUGGAAGCGCAGAGGAAAGACUUCCCCAAAGGGAUCCCUCAGUGUGGGACCGAUGCUCUGAGAUUCGCCCUCUGCUCUCACAAGAUGCAGGGAGAGGACAUCAGUCUGUCCAUAUCUGAGGUCCUGAGCUGCAGACACUUCUGUAACAAGAUGUGGCAGACGCUGAAGUUCACACUGGGAGUGCUGGGGGACAGCUCCACACCCGUGACAACACUGGAGCAGACGGCAGCAGUGGGCAGCAUGGAGCGCUGGGUCUGCUCCCGGCUGUACAGCACCGUGCUGCAGUGUGAGCAGGGCCUGGAGGCCUCUGAGCUGCACACCGUCACCUCAGCCCUGCACUCCUUCUGGGUGCACAGCCUGUGUGACGUCUACAUGGAGUGUGUGAAGCCUGUGCUGGCGCUGCCCCCGGACACAGAGCAGAGUGUGGGGGCUCAGCAGGGGGUCCGCAGCGUCCUCUUCCACUGUGUGUCCAUGUCUCUCGCCCUGCUCUCCCCCUUCAUGCCCUUCAUCACUGAGGAGCUGUGGCAGAGGCUCCAGCCCUUCAGCCCUGCUGCUGCCGCUGUCCCCCCCACCCUGUGUCUGCAGCCGUACCCCCGCUCCUCCCAGCUGGCACACUGGCACUUCCCUGACGAGGAGAGAGACUUCCUGUUGGUGCAGGAAGUGAUCCGAGCGGCCCGAUCGCUGCGAGCCCAGUGUGGGCUGACCAAAGAGAAACCUGCCAUGUGGGCGGUGUGCUCCCCCAGCCAGGCUCGGGUCCUGCUUCACUUCGGACCAGCUGUCUGGACUUUAAGCCGCAUCUCCAGCCUCCAUAUCCACUGUCCUGAUGGAGCAGAGUGCCCCCCCGCUCUCCUCUCCACCCCCCCACCUACAGGCAGCCUGGUGGCUGUGGUGGACCACACCUGUCAGCUACACCUCCACAUCCAGAGUGGAGUGGACGUGGACAAACAGGUGCAGCAGCUGUCCCUGCGCAGAGACAGACUUCUCCCAAAGCUGGAGCAGCUCCUCCUCAGACAGCAGGAGCAGGCCUCCCAGAGCAAGGUCCCUGCUCACAUCAGGGAGCAGACGCACAGCAAGACGUCGGCCCUGCAGCAGGAGGUGAACACCAUCGAGGAGCAGCUGAAGCUCCUGCAGGAGAGGCAGACACAGAAUAACAGCAUCUACUGAUGGAGAUGAUGAAUUAUUUCUAACGUCUGCUGGAGAUAUGUACACUGCUGGAUGAGAGAGGCACUAAACAAUAUCACAUCAUGAUGAUAACAUAAUGCAGGACUGUACUCUGUUGCUAAGGACCUACAGGUGGAGUUGUGCUGGAUGUUGCUGGGGAGAGGUUUCUCCUGUAUAGCACGUUUUUGUGUCAUGGCCUUGCAUUGUGAUCACAAACUUAAUUUUCUGUCAACACUGAUCAUUGUUUUUAAAAUGAUGUCAUCUUUUCUCCAUCUUGACUAAAUGUGUGUCAUUGUUGUGAAUGUCAGAAUUGUGUCACCUGAGUAAUCAGGGUCCAACACAUCAGGAGGAAUUAUGCAUAAAUACAAACCAGGUGGGGGUUGCUUAUCCUGACUGGACCUGGAUGUAGGAGCAGCGGCAGCAAAUAUGGCAUCACAUCAAUGCUGAUGGACUACGAUGAUAGUAAAUUGUAUCAGUCGUAUUCAAAUCAAUAGAGAAGGAGAGAUGGAAAAGAGACACAAUGUAUUAACCCAAAUAUGUCUGGGCGUUAAAUCCACGUUUGUAAGGGGACAUCUUAUGGUCAUUUUCAGGUUUAUAUUAGUAUUUAUUCUACGGUGACAUGUCUCCAUGCUUUAAUGUUGAAAAAGCUCUUUCUUUUUCUCAUUCUGCCUGUGCUGCAGCACCUCCUGUCACCUUCUGUCACCUUCUGUCUGAAACCAGAGCCCAGUCUGCUCUGAUUGGUUAGCUGGCUCUGUUGUGAUUGGUCAACCAGCUGAGAGAUGUCCCGGCCCUAAGCCUAUCAUGCACAAUGUAUUUGAGCCAUGAUUUGAGCGCUAGCCAAUACUCAUUAUGUUACUGUAGUAAACAAAGGAGUCCAAUGAAGAGUCCUUUUUACGAUUA